UCAUUCUGUGAGUGCAUGGAGCUCCAACUUCCAGAGAUCUCUCUUCUCUCAUCUACCCCCUUCCCUCUCUCCCCUCUCUCCCCUCCUCCAGCACACCUUCGUGUUGUUACCCUUUUUUCCCCUCCCUCUUACUAGUCUUACUAGCCUCCUCUCCCCUUGGUCCAAUCUUCUCUGAGUGUGCAACCAGAAGGGCACACAGGAAAAAAAGAUGCUGCUGAUGCUACAGCCCUGCAGAGUUCAUGCCUGCUUCAGGGCCCACUGACAAGACAAGACUGCACAUGUGCUGAGGAACUUACACUUUGAGGAACCUGCGACUGGACUGUGCACUUUUUUUUUUCCAGAAAUUGAACUGUCAACAAUGACCACAAUGUGUCUCAUCUUCUCACUCUUGCUUGGAGUGUUGCUUUCUCUCGUGGACAGCAAAGGGACUUACUAUGGAGGUCAUGUGGGUCACAUCAACCCUUUCUUUGGAAACAGAUACAACAUGUACAAGGCUGGACUCAACCCUCAGCUCACGCCAAACAAGCCAAUGACCCGCCACAAAAACCAUUGUGCCUACGUUGUCCAGAAGAACAUCACAUGCACCAUGCAGGACGGAGUGUCGACCUACGUGAAGGCCGAGUACACCACCAAGUGCAUCUGGGGUCAAAAGUGUCCUGUUGUCCUGUACAGGACGUUCUACAAGCCAAAGUACAAGAUUGGGUAUAAAACAGUGACGGAGCUGGAGUGGAGGUGCUGCCCAGGCUACUCUGGAGACAACUGCUUUGAUGGCCCAACAUCACAGCCUGAUGUUGUGAUGCCACCUUUUAAGGGAGCUGCUUUGCCACAUCGCCCUGGGAUCAAAGGAUUUCCUCAUGGUCCUAAACCUCCUGUCGAUCAGAAGCCCGGGGAGGGUCAGUUGGAACCAGGUCCAAGUCGGCCUAUUCCAAUAGGGGAGUUGCCCAGUGGAGAAAGCAAAUUUGGAAUCUCGGGGGUAACCGGUGAGCGUUUAGACCGUAUGGAGGAGGACCUUCGUCGACUCACACAGGGACUUGAUACUCUAAAUGGAGUGGUGGCUGGUUUGGAGGAACGACUGCGCACAACUCUUCGGGAAGACACAAACAAGCUACUGGUGUCCUUGCUGCCCGUGGCUCCGAGAAACCCAGACUCCUCGGUAGGCUUCGGCUCCCUCCCCGAUGGAACCCCAGAUGGCCUGGAUGGAGGGGAGACUUUUAAUGGAUUUGGCGACCUUGCUGGAAGGGUUACAGAGGUCAGAGAUGAACUGCGAGCCAAAACUCACAUCAUUGAGGAAAUUCAGGGAAUGGUAUUGGGUCACGACGGGCAACUGAAGGGGCUGUUGGAAGGAGCAAGAGGACGACCCAUCCCGGGUCCUGCCACCGCUCCUCAAGUGGUUGAACUCUUGGAUGCCAAACUUGCGGGUGUCAAGGCUGAAAUUCUAGAUGGUUUUGAACGCCGGCUGACGGGACUUGAGAACCAGUGCGAUGAAAAGAUCGGUGCAGUGCAAAAGCAGUGUCACAGGGAGCAUAUGGAUGGCCAGGAGCAGAUGCAACAGUCUCUGGAUGGAAGAGAGACCGGCCUGCGACAGGAGUUGGGCACUCUACAAGCUCAGAUCCAGGGACUUACUCUUACGGAAAGCUGUUGUGGACAGGUGAACUCUCUGUCGCAGCGCGUCCUGCUGUUGGAAGAAUCCGUGAAAGGUCUCACUGACUCUCAGCUACAACUCCAAACGUCACUGAUGGACCAAAGCGUUCAUGUGGAAUCGAUGAUUGAAACGCGUCUGUUGGAUGUUGUGAGCCACUUUAAUUCUACCCAAGGAGGGUCUAUGGCUGGGAUACCUGGUGGCUUGGAUGGCUUCAAGAACCUCCUGGAAGACAAGCUAAAAACCCUGGAGGAGCGGGUGUUUGUGGCGGUGGAGGAGCUGAGUAACGCCACUGCACCUGCGUUGUUAGAAGGUAAAGUGGUCCCUGCGCUGGAGACGGACAUGGAGUCCAUGAGGAGAAAGUUUGAAGGAGACAUGGCCCGUAUAGAGAAGCAGUUGGUUGACCUGGAACUGCUCUGCACGUCUUCUUGUAUUCCGUCCACUCCGUCAGUCGGGGGUGUGACAAACACUGAAGUGGAAGAGGAGUGCGGAGAAAUGGAGAAAAAGAUGGCCGACCGAUUAGACACGCAAUCUAACCAGCUGGACUAUUUGAAUAACACUUUGCAGAACCUCCUCUUCCGAAUUGCCCAGGAGGACUCCGAGGGUUCAGUCUAUGGUGAGAUCACCCUGCUGAAGGUCAACAUCAACUCAGUCAACCGCACUCUGAAGGGGCUUAAGGACUCCAUUAGCUAUAUAGCAAGUGAAGUGGGUCAUGUGAAUUCGACCUGGGAGCAGAGAGAGAACCAACUUGUCAAUCAGGUGCAAGGGAUCACCAAACUCGUUGGGCGGCAAGCCUCUCUACUUGGGGCGGGGGAGAGACGACUGGCCCAGCUGAAGGGGGAGCUGGCAGCUUUGAAGAAGCGAUUGGCAGGGGAGCUUCACGGCUGUCACAGCACAGCCAUAGAGGUCCAGAAAGAAGUGAAGGCCGUGGAUAGCAGGGUGACCCAGGUGGAAGGUCAGUGCAGCAGCUUGGGGGAGCUUGCCGAGCAGCUAGAGCGAAUCAGAGCCGAGCUUGAAAGACAUUCUGACACUUACCUGAGACAGGUAAACGGCACCAACGCUGUGAAGCUAAUAGAAGCGACGGCGGAGGGAGAAAACCAAAAAUAAGACCAGUAGCCUGUGCGCUACAGAUACGAGAACCCUGUGGGUCCGGUGGAAAUGACUUCCACUGCGUCAUGUCCUUCAAACACCAUCUGCAGAGACAGAAUAACUGAAACGCUGGAAGUCAGCUGCAAGACGCCUCCCACUACCUUCAGUGCCUGUAGUGGCUGUGCAGUGGAGCGGACACAGUGCGCAAACUGUCCUGUGGUUGUAUAGCUGGCCAAUAUUUCCUUUCAAGACUUUAUGGUAUCGGGCAUUUGUGUUUGGUUAGUAACGAUUUUAACUUAUAUGAUGCUUUGUAAGGAUUCGUAUUACUGCAAAUAUUUGUGCACAAAACGACACAAAAGAAGGACUUUACGCGCUGCUACGGGUUUACAAGAACAAGCACAUCACAUCAUCGUCAUUCUAACUGUGGUCAUUGCUCUUUUUCAGAAUACUGUACAUCAACUUGGUGCUAAUUUGUUUUUGGAGUCCUCUGUGUGUGUGUGCGUGUUCCGGAAUGUUUUGUAUUUCAGCUUUGGUGACUGUUUCUUGUUACAUUGGCGUUAUUUCAGGUUGAAGAGCAAUACCAAAACGCAUCAUUGGGGGGCAGUGGCAACAUAUGAAAUGUCAUGG